AUGUUGUCUCUCGCCGUGUCAGCCGCCCUUCUGGGGAUGGCAACUGCCCAACAAGUUGGAACGCAACAGACCGAGACUCACCCCAAGCUCACCUGGAAGAAGUGCACCAGCGGUGGCUCGUGCACGCAAACCAACGCCGAGGUGACCAUCGACGCCAACUGGCGAUGGCUCCACACCACCGAGGGUACCGACAACUGCUACGACGGCAACGAGUGGACCUCCAAGUGCAGCUCUGCUGAGGACUGCGCCACCAAGUGCGCCAUCGAGGGUGCUGAGUACGGCAAGACCUACGGUGCCUCCACGAGCGGUGACGCUCUUACCCUCAAGUUCGUCACCAAGCACGACUACGGUACCAACAUCGGUUCCCGAUUCUACCUCAUGAACGGUGCCGACAAGUACCAGACCUUCAACCUCAAGGGUAACGAGUUCACCUUCGAUGUCGAUCUAUCCACCGUCGACUGCGGUCUCAACGCUGCUCUUUACUUCGUCGCUAUGGAGGAAGACGGUGGCAAGGCCAGCUACUCCACCAACAAGGCUGGUGCCAAGUACGGUACCGGUUACUGUGAUGCCCAAUGUGCCCGUGAUCUCAAGUUCGUCGGUGGUAAGGCCAACGUCGAGGGAUGGGAACCCUCCACCAACGACAAGAACGCCGGUGUUGGCCCGUACGGUGCCUGCUGUGCCGAAAUCGAUGUCUGGGAGUCCAACUCUCACUCUUUCGCUUUCACACCUCACCCUUGCUCUGAGAACAACUACCACGUCUGCGAGAAAGAUGGCUGUGGUGGUACCUACUCCGAUGACCGAUUCGCCGGAAAAUGUGAUGCCAACGGUUGUGACUACAACCCGUACCGUGUCGGUGUCACCGACUUCUACGGAAAGGGCAAGACUGUCGACACCAGCAAGAAGUUUACUGUUGUUUCUCAAUUCUCUGACAACAAGUUGACUCAGUUCUUCGUCCAGGAUGGCAAGAAGAUCGAAAUCCCCGGCCCCAAGCUUGAUGGCUUCCCUGCUACUAGCGACAUCACACCCGACUACUGCACCGCUGAGGUUACGGCCUUUGGUGACCGUGACCGCUUCACUGAAGUUGGUGGCUGGGACAAGCUUAACGAAGCUCUUGACCUUCCCGUAGUCCUUGUCAUGUCCAUCUGGGAUGACCACUACGCCAACAUGCUUUGGCUCGACUCCAGCUACCCCCCUGAGAAGGCCGGUACCCCCGGUGGUGACCGUGGUGACUGCGCCCAGGACUCUGGUGUUCCCUCUGACGUCGAGUCCAGCAUCCCCGACGCCAAGGUCGUCUGGUCCAACAUCCGCUUCGGACCCAUUGGCUCCACCGUUACCGUUUAA